CCCGCGCGGCACCGCCCCCUCCGCUGGGUCCCACCGCCCGUCGCUCCCCGCGGGGCCGGCUCAGGGCAGCCCGCGGGCGGGUGGAGCGGGGCCGCUAUAAAGCGGUGGGGCGGCGGGCGGCCUCCGCUCCUCUUGGCGAUGUUGCGGCUUCUCUUGUUUCUCCUGCUGCUCGGCGUGCCCGGCGCCCUGCCCGCCCCCCCUCGCCACCGCCGGGGUGCCGCGCCGCCAACCGCCCCCUACCUCACGCGCUACCUCACGCAGCAGAUUGAUCACUUUGGAUUUGAUGAAAAUCUUACGUUCCAGCAGCGGUAUCUAGUAGCAGAUCAGCACUGGAAUAAAGACAAUGGACCAAUACUAUUUUACACAGGCAAUGAAGGAGACAUCACAUGGUUCUGCAACAAUACGGGUUUUAUGUGGGAUGUGGCCGAAGAACUUAAUGCCAUGUUAGUAUUUGCUGAACAUAGAUAUUACGGAGAAUCUUUGCCGUUUGGGAAUGAGUCUUUCAGUGAUUCCAAGCAUCUGAAUUACCUGACGUCAGAACAAGCUCUGGCAGACUUUGCAGUACUGAUUGAGUACUUAAAGACGACAAUUGCAGGAGCCCGUUACAGUCCUGUCAUAGCUAUAGGAGGAUCUUAUGGAGGAAUGCUUGCAGCCUGGUUUAGGAUGAAGUACCCCCACGUGGUAGUUGGAGCUCUGGCAGCCUCUGCCCCAAUCUGGCAGUUCGGUGAUUUGGUUCCAUGUGGUGCUUAUUUCAGCAUAGUGACUAAUGAUUUCAAAAAGAGUGGGACAGGCUGCUCAGAAAGCAUCCGGAAUUCCUGGAACGCCAUUAACCACCUUUCCUCAACAGAUGCUGGUUUACAGUGGCUUUCCAGUGCAUUUCGUUUGUGCAGCCCAUUAAAAAAUCUUCAGGAUGCUGCUAUAUUGAAAAAUUGGCUGAGUGAAACAUGGGUGAACUUGGCUAUGGUGAACUAUCCCUAUAAAGCUGACUUCUUACAGCCUCUGCCAGCUUGGCCUGUACAGGAAGUCUGCAAGUUCUUGAAGGAUCCCAGUCUCUCUGACAAAUUGUUGCUGCAGAAUGUUUUCCAGGCAGUAAACUUAUAUUACAAUUAUUCAGGAGAAGCCUCAUGCUUAGACAUGUCUGAGACUGCAACUAAGAAUCUAGGCCAGUUGGGUUGGUACUAUCAGGCUUGCACCGAGAUGGUGAUGCCCAUGUGCACAGAUGGUGUCAAUGACAUGUUCGAGCCUCAGAAAUGGGAUUUUGAUGCACUUUCAGAAGAGUGUUACAGGCUGUGGGGAGUAAGGCCUCGCCCCUCUUGGGUCCUCUCUAUGUAUGGAGGGAAGAACAUCAGUUCAUACAGCAACAUUGUCUUCAGCAACGGUGGCCUGGACCCAUGGUCUGCAGGUGGGGUGACCCAGAACAUCACCGAUUCCCUUGUGGCAAUUGUGAUCCCAGAUGGAGCCCAUCACCUGGACCUACGCAGCCACAACCCUUUGGACCCCAAAUCUGUGCAGCAAGCUCGAGCCUUGGAAAUCAGCUACAUGAAGCAGUGGAUUGAAAAGGCCAGGCACAGCUACUGAAGCGUUACUGCAGCUGCUGUGGCCACUGUACCCCUGCUGGCUUUGCUGGGAGCAGGGCCAGGCCUUAUCGCACAGUGCUCUGGACAUUUUGCUCCUGCUUCCUCACCUGUGUCGCAGUGCUAACUGUUUUGCUUGUGCCCAUGAGAGAAACAGGCAGCAGAUGGAUGGAGGGCAGCAUUCUCAGAUAAUAAAUUUGAAUCAAAGUGCAUGGGUUGAGCUGCCUGCUCUGGCUUGCUUUCCUCUUCUGCUCUUCGCAAAUGCUGUACCUCAUGGUAAAGAGGUCUUGUUCUAGGCAUGAUGCCUUCCUCGCUGCACUAGGUGAUUGUCCUGACUGCUGGUAUAUACAGUGGAUUAAAUGGCAGUGCUGUUGGUGAUGAAACCCCUGCUGCCUUCACUGGGAUUGAAUUUCAGACAUCCUCAGCUGGUGUAAACUGGCAUGGCAGGAUGGAAUUGAGUAACAGAAACCACAUCUUACUGUGGUGUUUGGAGAUGCAGGGAAGGCAUGGGGAAACUGGCUGUGCCAUUUGUAGAGAAACUAAACACCCCUUAUCCUUUGGAAUCAGUGCUGGAAAAUAAGUAAAUAUCUUUUCUUCUUCUCUCCCUAGUUUUCUGGCAGCUUAUUAAUCAAAGCUGCCUCAGGUGGCUUUUCCAUUCUGUACUGUACUGAAUGGUCAGGGCUGGGCCCAGACUCACUCUGCUGAUAACUGUCUGAGCAUGCACAGUCUGCAUCACUGUUUUAUUUCUUCCUUUGCUGUUUGUCCUAAUCCUGAAAUAUCUGUCAUCUGUGAUGAUGGUUGCCAAAGAAAACUCUGAGUAUAUUUUGUGUGCAUAUAUGUGUAUAUCCCCCCCAAACACUUGGCUUUUUCAAAUCAGAAAGCUUUCGAAGCUAUUCUCUUGAAGAGCAAAUGUGACACUUGUGCUGGCUAGAUCUUAUGAAGUGACAAAUAAUUGGGGCUGUGCCUUGUGUGGAUUCCCCUCUCCUCUCCAUUCUGUGUAUUGUUCAAAUUCUGCAUGAUCUGUUUGCUGAUGGCUCUUCAAUAAAAGCCUUUUAAAAAAAAAAAAAAUUGUUUGCAAGACAAACUAUUCAAAACACAGAAUGCAGCUAUCCUCUUGGAUCAGCCUAAAGCCUGAUGCUGAGCUCAACAAGCCAGGUGCACUGGGCUUUCUGUAAGGCUUCCAAACCAGACAAACUGCCCUGAUUCAUGAGACAGCAUAUUUGACAUUAAUAAAUGGCUGGGGCAGUCCCCUCGUUUUCCAGCUUUGGCUUCAUUCACACUGAAGCCCUUCUUCAGAAAGGAUUCUUUGCAGUUUAAAGGAUAACUCCAUUUCAGAAACACUCAGGCGAGGCUUCUUGUUUCCAGACUCUUAAAAUUCCAAUUCUGUUGAAAAGUUUUUUCAGCUUUGCUGAUAUGCCCGAUAGUUAUUUUCUUAGGAUACCAGGUGGCCUUUUCUGUUUCCAAUCUCCUCCCAUUCUCUGGGAACAAAGCAAACCCAACACUGAAACUUCAUUUUUUUUUUUUUUUUUUAAAACACUCCUGUGCAUCUUCUCACCAAUACAGUUCCUGGCAUUCCCUCAUGUGUUAAACAUAGCAUUUAUGUUCAGACUCUGCAAUCUGAACCUCUCAUGGUCUUGAGCCAGGUAAUUUCUUAAGAGACUAUAGAGAACAAAACCAGAGAAGAAUCACGGGGGGGAAAAGGAAGAGCUACAUCCAAUUUGCCUGAAACCUGUUGGCAAUCCCUUUUGCAAUAGUCCAAAUUUUUGGUGCUCUCCUGUAAGUACACUCCAGUGUCUUGCUUGUGUACUUUAUAAUGCCAUUUUGGCCUUGAAUUUUUUGAAACAAAUACAAAUUAUUGUUUUCUAAUCAAGUGAGUUACAGUCAAGUUUUUAGAAAUGCUAUUAAUCUUCUUACAUGUUAAUUGAUGUAUGGCAAUAUUCUGGUUUAAUGCAAGACAAUGAAUGGAAUCUGCAAGACUAAAUAGAAACUUGGGGGUCACAAAUAAUUCGUAACUGCAAGCAAGAGCCUGGUCUGACUACUCCCACUGAUUGCUCGGGGUGCUGCUCCAAGUGCAAAUUCUGGGGGAAAAAACACUUCUGUGUUGUAUGGAGAAGCAUGUUGGGAUAUUCAUGCAAUGGGCUGUGAAUGGUCCAAGUUCAGUCUCUAUAUAUAGUAAUAAAUAGUGAUCGGCUUGUCUCCUCUCUCUCCCUGCUAGCUAACUUACUGCCCCAGGAAACAGUUGCUGCUUUGUUGUUUGGAAAACAUUUUGUAGUUUCAAUCAGAAUAAGUAAUCUAAAGUUUCAUUCCUCUCCUCCCCCCCGCUUCAUAAGCAGAAAAAAAAUUGCCUUUAAUGAAACUUUUAAAAAAAACAAACCGUGCCAUUUUGAAUUUUGAGGAAACUGCAUUUUAAAAACAAAUUGUUCAGUGUUUUGUGUGUUGUGGUUUGGGGUUUUUGGAUAUUAGGUGUUUGGAAUUAGGUGAGUGGAUUUCUGUUAUUUUUAAUUGUUCUUCAUUUUCAAUUCUUUUCCUCUCUAGUAGUUGAAACUUUAGGUCUUAUUUACCUUAAGCAUUCAGACUUCAUCUUAAAAUUUAUGUAUACAUCUCUCUAUGCUACCAAGGGACCAUCUGUGGGGUUCGGCUGCCUUAUGUAAACGUUGGCUCUCCUGCUUGUUUCAUGCAGGUGAGAACAAAAUAAGCCAUGCGAAAAGGCUGAUUUCUCUUUCCAGGCGUAUGAUGAUGGGUCAUACUUCAUCUCAGGCUUAGGUAUGUCCUUGGCACGUGUCAUGAAUGAUUGGAAUUUAAAUGUCUGUUUCCUACUCAUUGGGGCAAAAUGCAGAAGGAAAAAGAAUGAAUGAUUUCCCCAAAGUGUGAAUCUUAGUAGUGAAACUGCAGUUUUGUAUCAAUAAAAAUGCGUUGAAAUAAUGAAA